UUCUUAGCAUUAAACUUUUGAGAGUUUGAUUCAAGUUCAUUUUGAACGCAUUUUGUUCACAUUAACCCUAAGAAAUCGUGACGUUGUCAUCUGACCUGCUGCACAAUGAAACCUGGAUGAUCAGAAACUCCACCCUCUUAUAACACUUACCAGGAAGAGACUGUCUCAUUGUUUCUCUUUUCCUGUCAAACUGACUCUCCUGUUUGACAAAGGCAAAAAAAAAAAAAAAAAAAAAAAAAAAAGUGGAUCAGCAAAGAAAAUGAAGAAAAACACUUUAAAGGAUUUUGAGAAGCUUGUUUCAGAACAGACUGCGGAUCUGUGUACAUUUUCAUUUUUGAAGGCAUCAUUCAGAAAGUGAAAGUAAAGUCUACAUUGCUGGAGCUCUAGCUGUGAAAAUGGAUUCACCAGCUGAAUAUGAUUAUUCCUGUCCUGUGUGUCGUGAAAUCUUCAACAAUCCUGUUAUUUUAUCAUGUAGUCACAGUUUCUGUAAAGAGUGUCUUCAGCAGUUCUGGAAAAUCAAGAAAAUUCAGGAGUGUCCUGUCUGCAGGAUAAGAUCAAAAUCGGAUCCUACAUGUAACCUUGCGUUAAAAAACUUGUGUGAAUUGUUCCUGAAGGAGAGAAAUGAGAACCAAUCACCAGGGUCGGAGGAGCUCUGCAGUUUACACAGUGAGAAACUCAAACUCUUCUGCCUGGAGGACAAUCUUCCUGCUUGUUUAGUGUGCUAUACUUCACAGACACACAUCAAUCACACAUUCAGACCCAUCGGUGAAGUGGCUUCAUCAUAUAAGGAGGAGCUCAAUACAGCACUGAAGCCCUUACAAGAGAAACUGAAACACAAAGAAAACAUUAAAGCAAAGUUUGAGAAAAUAGUUCAACACAUCAUGUCUCAAGCUGAGCACACAGAGCGCCAGAUUAAACAGCAGUUUGAGAAGCUUCAUCAGUUUCUCAGAGAUGAAGAAGCAGCUACAAUCACUGCACUGAGGGAGGAAGAGGGGCAGAAGAAGCAGAUGAUGAAGGAGAAGCUGGAGGAGAUUAACAAACACAUCUCAGCUCUUUCACACACAAUCAAAGACAUGGAGGAGAUGAUGAAAGCCAAUGACGUCUGCUUUCUGAAGAAGUUUCCAGUCUCAAUGGAAAGAGUCCAGAUCUCACAGCCGGAUCCACAGAUGGCUUCUGGAGCUUUGAUUUAUGUGCCACAUUACUUGGGCAACCUGCAGUUCAGAGUCUGGAAGAAGAUGCAGGACAUCGUCCAAAACACUCCUGUGAUUCUGGAUCCAAACACUGCGAAUCCACAUCUCGUCCUGACUGAUGAUCUGACCGGUGUGAGAUACAGCUUGAACAGUCAACUGCUACCUGAUAAUCCAGAGAGAUUUGAUGAGUAUUCGUGUGUUCUGGGUUCAGAGGGUUUUAACUCAGGAACACACUGUUGGGAUGUGGAGGUUAAUGAGAGUUUGUACUGGAGUCUUGGAGUAACUACAGCAUCAAACCAGAGGAAGGGACUAGUUUUCUUUAAUUCUGAUGUCUGGUGGGUGCAGUAUGGACUAGAUGAACGGGUUGGCUUUCCUGUUAAACAGAAGCUUGAGAAGGUGAGAGUUCACCUGGAUUAUGACAGAGGAACGGUGUCAUUCUCUGAUCCUGUAACUAACACAAAUCUACACACAUUCACAACCACCUUCACUGACACAGUCUUUCCAUUCUUCUGGUGUCAUGAUUUGAAAAUUUUACCAGUUACAUUGCAUUUGAUAGAAGAGUUCUGACAUGCCUCCUGGAGGUCAUAGGCCCAAGCAGGCUCACAGAAGUCUGGUCUUCCAUUAACAAACCAUUAACAACUUGUAUUCUCCUAUUGAUGUUGGCCAAAAUGUUUAGUGUCAUAUUCCUUAAACAUCAAAGAGACUCUACUGGGGGAAAGCUGACAUCAUUCACACAGGAGAAGGUCUGAUUCUCGAAACAAAUCAUUCUUUUGAGUCAAUUUGCAGCCAUGAGUUGGCCGAGCUGGUUCACAAAACCAAAAUGAAUCGAAGUUUAGUUGUGGGUUAAUGACACAAGAUGCAGAGUUAGAGACAUCACUAGGAGCCACUAGACCUGUUACUGAACCAAAGAACCGGUUCGAAGUGAAUGAAUUAAACCAACAGGCAGAGUCAGAAGUCAGCGAUUCAAUCAUGUCUGACUCAAAAGAACCAAUGAGCCGGUUCAACUGUUUUCCUAGUAUUACAGAGGACUUGUUGUCUGUUGUGACUAGUGUUGUCAGAAGUAGUAUCGGGUCUGUACUGAAAUUUUAAAAAUGUAACAAAAAUGUACCGGGUCAACUUGGUAAAAUGCGUAGAUAGGCAAGAUAGGCGGCUGUUUUUAAACGUGCCCCACUGCCCGUGCAUUUAGUAUUUGUGUGGGCACUAGAAAAGUAUCCAAUGUUUCUAUUUACAAUGUGUUUUUUGAAGCGUUGAGCAUUGUAGCUAAUCAUGGACAUGUCUGUUGAGUAUGUGAAUGCAAUGGCCAAUAAACUUAUGUUUAAGUUUAAGUCAAUCAGAAUCUGCUCAACGCUGCUAAAAAUGCCAGAGUUUAUGUUCUACACACUCAUGAAUCCUUUCAAUAUAAAGUAUAAACACAAUGUUAGUAUAAGAUUCUUUGUGCAGUGUAGGCAGCUUCAUUGAUUAUAACGGGAGUUUUCACAAGUGUGCAGAACUCUGAGCUCAUGCUCGAAACUUAAGUGAUUGACAGCUUCACUGAUUAUAAUGGGAGUGCUCUUUGCUCGCUUUCUGUACAUAACCCAUUUGUAAUUUGAAUAAAACUUGUAUUUUUCAUGCUGCUAAGUACACAUUGCACUGUAAUAACCACAUUAAAUUGUGGGAUUGAAUCCGAAACUUCAAUGACUGACAUAGUAAUAACCAUAGCAAUGGACAGGAAAUAAAAAUCUGUUACUGUAUGCCAAAAUAGAUAUAUAUCAAGUCUUGGAGUGUAUAUACAGAUUAAUAGACUUUCCACUUGUUUUAUGUAUUUCUUUUUUUCCCUUUAUUUUAUUACUAACUUUACUAACAUUUCACUUGAACUUUUUAAAGGAAUGAUUACUCAAUUUAAAAAUAUCUGAAGUCCACAUGCUGUUUUAAUGUACUACUUAUAAUUAUUAUUAUCAUUAAUAAUUAACUCAUUUAUUUAACAUUUUUUAUUUUAAAAUAUUUGAAUAGUUUCAAUAGGUUUUGCCAUGGUACCAGAAUACCAAGAAUCAUUACAUUUUUUAGUGUUGCACAGAGUACUGAAGUUUUGGUACUGAAUAAAACAUUUAUAAAACCACAGAUCUUUGUUUCUGUGCUAUUUUUGAAUUAUGAAAAAAAAUAUUUGCAGAUGAAGGUCUUGAGACUUAGAAUUAGUAGACAUUUUACUUUAUGAUGUUACUAAAACAAUAACAUUCGUAACAUUAGAUCUCACUCUGACCGUCCCUUUGGUCUAAAUAGAAUGAAACCUUUGUUCCGCCUUCUCUCGAGACCAUGCCCAUGACCCCGGAGGCGGAGCUUUCCACACUAUAAAAGUGGGAUGAACUUCUGGAUCGUCCUCUUACCUUUCUCGCCUCAGAGACCAGGUACAGGUUGGAAAACUGAAUUAAAAUCGAUUAUCUCCCAUUCAUUUCAUCACCUAAGUGGUACAGGUGCCUUGUGUUCCUGUGAAUUGUGGUGGUUUUAUAGCAUUAUAUUGCAAUAUGGUAGUAUUUUUUUUUUUUUAGCUUGCUAGAAACUGAUGCUUCUUUUUCAGAUUGUCUAUGACUUUUUCCUAUAGCUCUAUCAACAGUUCCACUUCCGGUUCAACUCUAUCAUUGCUCAUUCUUACCUACGUAUGUGUGUGACCUGCGUGUAUGUUAUGUGUUUGUUAGUUUAGUAAUGUGUUUGUGAGUUAGUUAAUAAAGAUUGUGCACAAUA